AACGGCCGCGUCCGUGGAGACAGCGGCGGUGGCGAGCUCGGGGCCAGGGCUGCUCCUCGUUCCUGCCCCGCAGCAGCAGGACACAGCCGGCAGCCGAAUCGCACGGUCCUGGGAGGGACCUCGGGCGUUUCACGGCCCGGUGCUCCCGCGGCGUUGUCGGGGCUGGGGACACCCAGCGCCCGUGACCGGGCUCUUCCCCCGGCGGUUCGCAGGUAACCACUUAGUGGUGACUCUCAAGGAGUUUUCCUCUUGCUUCUCCUGAAGGAGAAGUAGGUCUUGAGCAAGGAUGCAGCAGCCAGCAGCUGGUGACAAGAGCAGAGCCAUUCCCUCACCAUGUCCACCUCAGGCCAACCUUGCUGAUGGCUCAUUCUACACACGCCGCUGCAUCACUGAGGAUCCCAGUUGGUCCCUGGUCACUGUCCCCCACCUCACUGAGCUUUGCCUCCAGCACAUCGUUCAUAAUUUUGAAAAGAACCCUAUUUUGAACUAUCUUCUGCCUGAGCACCAAAAGAAGGUGGUGGACAGGCUCUCGACCAGCCUUCCACUCACUGUGACUGCCAACAUAGUAAGCCAUGAGGACUACUGGAAGAGGUGCUGUAUGGAGCGCUGGCAAGUGUAUGACAUCUCCAACUAUGGAGACAGCUGGAAACGGAUGUUCUUUGAACGUCACCUGGAGAAUAUUCUGAAGAUUUUCAUCCCUAACACCACAGACCCCAAACAGGUCCUAGAGCUCAUCCCGCUCUGCAAAGGCUACGUGCGGAAACUGGAGAUUGAUCAGUUCCUGCCACCUUUGCGGGUGGAUCAAAAGGAGGAGAGCAAUGACCUCUCUGACACAGAGGAUGAUGCCGAACUUGGUGAGGUCUACACACAUCACUAUGACCUGAAAGAUCUCAUUACUGGUCUCCCUUACCUUGAAGAGCUUCAUCUCACUUAUGGUGUGAAGAACUGUGGUAUGAACUUUGAGUGGAGCCUCUUUAACUUCACUGAGCUGGACUGUUCCAACUUGGCUGCUGCUGUGAAGAUGUGCCGUAACUUGAAAGUUUUCAAGCUGACACGAAGCAAAGUGGAUGAUGACAAAAUCAAGCUCCUGGCCCGUAACUUGCAGGAUCACCCUCACUUGUUGGAGCUGGACGUGUCCCACAAUCUUAUCCGGGACAAUGGGGCACAAGCUCUCGGAAAGCUGAUCAGCCACAGCCGAUUAGAAACCCUCAAUCUGUGUAACAACCAGAUCUGUUACCUGGGGGCUCAGGCUCUUGCUCAAGGCCUAGCUGAGAGCUCCACCCUGACCACCCUGAACCUGCGCCUCAACUUCAUAGAGGACAAAGGUGGGGAGGCGAUUGGCCGUGCCCUGCUGACCAACACCAGCCUGAAGUCCCUCCAUCUGGGAAGUAAUAACCUGUCAGAGCCAACUGCGGCAGUGUUCUCCCAGGUCCUGGCUCAGAACACCACUCUGACAAGCAUCAACUUCUCAUGCAACCACCUGGGGUUGGAUGGUGGGAAGCAGCUGCUUGAAGGGCUGGCAAACAACAAGACUUUGACUGAGCUUGAUCUCCGCCAUGCAGAGGUGGAACAGGAGACUGAUUUCCUCAUUCACGAAAUUGUGUGGGCCAAUCGGGAAGUGGUGAGGCUGGGAUCUUUGCAGCACCCCACUACUGAACCCCUCUGAAUAAAGUGCUCCAGUGAGCAAUGAGCUUUG